AUGCGUUUCUACACUAUCGCUCUGUUGGCCGGCGCUACCGCCGUCGCCGCUAACAGCGCAACCCUCCUCCUGCCCGGGUUUGCGGGUCAGGAUCUCCAGGCUAGCAUUAUGGAAACCAAUGGUGAUGCGACUACCUACAAGAUCACCUGCCCUAAGACCGCUGAUGCCUGCGGUAUCGUCGGCGACGGCAUGACCGCAAUCGCUGCCCCGACCUCUGUGCAGCUGAAGAACAUCAACCUUCAGGGAACCGUUGGAACUGUUUCCUGCAACGUUGCCGGCACCACUUAUGCUUCCUGCCACGCUUCCGCUGGCACCGUCACCCCGUCGGGCACACUGGGCCCAGAUGAUCUGAACUGGAUGCCCGUGACUAUUUCCACCAAACACACCGCGACAUCCACCACUACCACUAAGGCCCCCACCAGCACUACCACGACCCAGGUGACCACCACCACCAGCACCACUACCCCGGCCAUCACCUCCACGUCGACCCUCGUCUCGACCCCCAAGAAGUCCUCUUCUCUCAUUGCAUCCGCUACUUCCUCCACCCCUCUGGCGGCCGCAUCCACCAGCGCCGCUGCCGAAACCGGUGCCCCAGCCUCUUCCUCGACUCCCUUCAACGCCGCCGGCCAGCUGGCAGGCAGCAUCUGGACCGUUGGUGGCGCCUUCAUGGCUCUUGCCUGCGCUUUCGCGUAA